AUGGGUACCCAGCCCGCCUCGCCGCAGGCUCAAGCAUGUGAUCUCUCCCAUCCAGCUGCCGAUACCAAUUUCAGCUUUACCCCCAUUAAAGCAUUACGUGCACUGCCUCGUUUAUGGGAGCGAAAACCAGCAACUCCGUUCCAAGCCGGACCAAAGUCACGAAAAUUGUGGAAGCGAGUCGCUACUUCUUUUACAACCAUGAAGUCAAUCGAUUCAACCAGCACUAUGCAACAUGAUCCGUUCCAGGCCGCUAUCAAUUCGUCGAGAGAUGCGAGCUAUGUUCGAGGCGUUAAGCGUCGCUGUGUUGGAUCAGCCGAGCCUGAGAAUCGCCCGAUGUUUCAGAUGCAGGACAGUGGACGCUCAUUCCUCGAGACUAAGUGGGAAGCAGACACAAGUCGCCAUCGCAGGAAAAUGGCGGAGCCCCAGAUCAAUAUUUUUGAUGAGAGUAAAGAAAAUGGUCAGAGUGACUUGGCCAUGACUGGGUCACCUCAGCCUUUGAGUUCUCUACGAAGCCCAUUGAAGACAACUGUUUUCAAUGAUGAGAUCCCUGUUGAGAAUAUGAACACCGUCUCUGACGUCAAAUCCAUCGACAGCCCACGGCCUGGAUCUGUGGCCCGGCAGCCGUGCAUGAUGAUCGGCAAUGCAGGAAACAAUCAAGAUGAACAAAUGGCACCAACACCGACCAAGGUUGUGCGGGAUUCCAACCAGCAGCAAAAGGGCUCACUUGUGCGCACAGCUUUGCGAAGCUCACUCGAUGGAUCGGAUACAGAACUACUCAAUGACUUUCUGUCCAAAGCAGCAGCAAAGCGUGCCGCGAAAGCGGCCCAGGACACCCAAGAGAACGAUUCAAAUGAAAAUUCUUCAAGCUCAGAAGAGUCGCCAGAAAUUGAAUGCGCCACACCACCCUCCCGUCGCGCCCUUGGAGCUUUGGAUACAAAUUCGCCUUCGCCGAUCAAGCUCGUCGUACCCUCGCCCAUCAAACAAGACGAGAACCCAGACGAAGAGUUGCAGGAAAAUCAAGUGAUCAAGAAGGAUAUCCUGGACGAAGAUCUAUCCCCUGCGAGCCCAACCUGCAGAAGAAGCUCGCGCGUCAAAGCCACUCCUGCCCCUGCUACUGCGCGUAACACAAUCUCCUUGCGUCGGGCUCAAGGCAAUGAAUUUGUCUUUCUGCAGCGCACCGAAGUUCAAGAAAUAGCAUUGGCUACAAAGAAAAAUACCCGACAGAAUAGAGGCGAUGCUGUGCUUCCUAAGUUCCGCCUCGAGGCCUUGGCUAAAGAGCAUACUGAUGGCCCAUCUGAGACAGAAGUUUCUACGAAGCGCCGUUCACCUGCACGGAAGAGCUUGAAAUGGAAUGAAGACCACCUCAUCGAGUUCGAAGAUGAGAGACAGACUUCUGAAGAUCCCGUUGAUUCAGAGGGACACAACAGCAAGAAUGACGUCGGAGGAACUACUCGAUCAAGAUCUACAGCACAGCGCCCAGAGAAGAAAGCAUCUAGCCAACGAAAGAGCCGUAGCCAGGUCCAAGAUGUGUCCAAUAACGACGAAACCGACAGUACCCCGAGCGCUCCCGCUCCCGCUGCACAGACUGAUGCACCCACGCGAUCGCGACGAGUGCACAGUCUGGGGAAAUCAACUUUGACCUCGGGUACGCCCGUAAAAACAGGAAGCGGCCGUAUCAGCAAGCCACCCGCUCCUUCAGCCCCCACAGCGACAGCUACAGGGCCCUCAACUCCCACUAAGCCCCGCCGCAAGCUAGUUCCCAAGUCACCUAGUUCAUCGCUGUUGACUGCUCCACCUGCUAAGAACGGUGUCACCACUAGCGACCCGUCCUUUGUGAGUGGUAUUCCCACACGCAGCGCAAGCUUACAUGCUGGCAGCUCUGAGGGGACAAAGCGGAAGAGUAUGCUUCAAGCCAGUGCGGGGUGCACACCCAUGCCUCGCCGUGUUCGAGCAAGGAGCUAA